GAGCGCAGGCGGACACAGCAAUGACAGGCUCCGAGGCGUGUGUGACCCCGACGUGCGGCAAGAGCGGCUCGCUCGUGUGCCCGACAUGCAAGAAGCUGGGCAUCCCGCCGGCCAUGAGCACCUUCUGCUCGCAGGAGUGCUUCAAGGGCUACUGGUCCUCGCACAAGGCGCUGCACAAGAUGUUCACGCAGGCCCUCGCAGAGGAGCAGGCGCGGACGGAGCACGCGUCGCCCUUCGACGGCUACGAGUUUACGGGCAAGAUGCGCCCCGGCAAGGUGUCGGAGACGGUCAAGGUGCCCGAGCACAUCAACCACCCGGACUACGCGGAGACGGGAGUCCCCGAGUCGGAGCAGCGCGACAGGCGCGAGAGCAAGAGCAUACCGGUUUACACCCCCGAGCAGAUCAAGGGCAUCCGUGAAGCCUGUCGCCUCGGACGCGAGGUGCUUGACAUCGCGGGCAAAGCGCUGCGUCCUGGUGUCACUGGCGACGAGAUCGACAAGAUCGUCCACAAAGCCUGCAUGGACCGCGGUUGCUACCCGUCGCCGCUCAACUACUACAACUUCCCCAAGUCGGUCUGCAUCUCAGUGAACGAGGUCAUUUGCCAUGGCAUCCCGGACUCCCGUCCAUUCGAAGACGGAGAUAUCGUGAACCUCGACGCCACGGUGUACAAGAACGGCUAUCACGGCGACCUGAACGAAACGUUUCUGGUGGGCAAUGUCGAUGAAGAAGGCGUGCAUCUGGUCAAGGCGACGUUCGAGAGCUUGGCCGCGGCGGCGAAGAUUAUUCGCCCUGGCACGAUGUUCCGCGAGCUUGGCAAGCACAUUUCGGCCGUUGCGAAUGGCGAGGGCUUCUCGGUUGUGAAAUCGUACUGUGGGCACGGCGUUGGAACGCAUAUGCAUGCGAUUCCAGACAUCCCCCACUACGCGAAAAACAAGGCUGUUGGCAUCAUGAAGCCUGGCAUGAUUUUCACGAUUGAGCCCAUGAUCAACGUUGGAACGUGGCGUGACCAGACGUGGCCUGAUGAGUGGACGUCCGUUACCCGGGACGGUUUGCGCUCCGCGCAGUUUGAGCACACGUUCCUUGUGACGGAGACUGGCUACGAAAUCCUGACUGCGCGCGAGAAUGAGCCGGUGAUGGAGUGGAGUCAGGAAAAGCUGCAGCGCCCGCUUUAA